GCCCAUCCAGUCGCUCCGAGAUUACAUCGGCAGUUGACCAUCCACCAGUUUCCGUAGCCGUUCUGCCCACAGAUCAUCGCGAAUUCCCCCAGCAAGGCGCGGCUUCCCUUUCCGAUCCAGGUUCCCUCUCUCCAGGGCCAAGCCGCCCAUCCAAAGGACCGCUGCCCAAGGCUCCCUUGGCGCAGAAAGGAGGGACAUCGUUGCAAAAAGAAACCCAAGCUGGAUCGGAAAAACAGCUGCAGUCCGCCGGUAAGGCCGACAACAGCGGCAGGGCUUCGACGCAGCCAGCAAAGCCACAGGCAAUCCAAAAAAGCCAGGACGGGUUGCCUGUGGCCCCGCUCAUAUUGCCCUCGGGAGGGCCUCCGCGAGCACCGCAACGCAACCCUACGGCUGCUGCCGCCAAGGGUAAUUCUUUCAUCGGCAAUAGCACCGCUCUGCCACGUGCUACAAGUGGUGGCAGUAGCAGCAAGGAAACAGACGGCAGUAGAACCCGUGAAAAUGGCGGUCAGGCGCGAGCUCCACAGGUGGUGCCCAGCUACCUGGAUGGGCGGCGCACGGCAGUGUUUUGGCAAUGGAAUCAGUUUCUGGGCUCCCGAGAAGGACCGCAGAGCGCACAGAACGCCGCGGGUGUGGCCGGUUCCAGUGACCCACGGGUCAAUGCUGUUGCAGCUGCUGCCGCAGCACCUCCGGCAACAACGCCUCCAGCACCUGCCGCCUCGUCCAGGCCGAGUAACGCGAACAAUCCUAUCUUUCCCACCGACGCAGCAGCUGCGACUGCAGCACGAGCAGCCGGCAGCACCAGGCCGCCAAAACGCAGCCAGCCAACCGUACAGGUUUCGGUUCCAGGAAUAAUGCGGCCGCCCCCACGAGACGUGCCGAGCGCCGCUACGGGGGAAGCUGCAGGCAACGACCCCACGGCAGUAGCAGCAGCUGCAGCGGCGGAAGCCGCGUCACUGGGGCCACGCGUGCCGGCGGCACUACUGCCGCUUACGCUCCAAGGGAGGAUAUUGCUGAUGGAGGCGGCGAUGGAGAAGGCGAAGGACACCGCAGGGGCAGGAGCAGCUCUCCAAAGGCCUCCCAAAGACGCCGCUAUUAGUUCUGCGAAGCCUGCUGUAGCCGCAGCGGCGAUGGAUCCUAAAGACGCGGCUGCGGGCGGUAGCAGUAGCAGUCUGCAGCUCGCUAAGCCAACGGAGGCCAAGACUAGUGGCACUGUCGCUGUGUCGCCGGCGUCUACGGCUAAGGACGUACGGCGUCAGCUGGCUGAGGCCAGCGCAGCAGCGGCGGCGGCGGAAGUGCUGCCGCCCGGAGUGGCGGCGGCACGCGAGCUCCUGGCUAAGCUGGUGCGUUACAUUCCCACUGGCCGCGAGGAUGGCGCCGCGCUCCUGGCGCCGUACGCACGGUAUCAGUACGGUACAUACCAGGACGCUGCCGCGGCAGCGGCGGCGCAUCCCGAUUUGGUGGUACAGCCGCUGGGCCUGCAACAGCUGUCGUACAUUGCGGCGGCGUACGCUGCCGCCGGCCAUCGGCAUGAGCCUUUUCUGCGUGCUCUGACGGCGACCGCGGCGGAGAAGAUGGCAACGGUGGCGGCGGUAGCAGCCCGUCGCGCGCGCAGGGGUAGCCGUGCUGUGCCCGUAUCGUCUCCCACGGCGCCAUCACCGGCGGCUCCGCUGACGUUCCGUACGGCAUGCGUGAUGCUGACUGCGCUGGCGCGCCUGCGGUACCGCGACGCCAGGCUGAUGGCGGCGCUAGGACGCUGGCUGGCGGCGGCGUUGCGCUCCGGCGACGUCACGCCACGCGCCAAGUGGAAAGGCACGUGGCUGGCAGCGGCGUUGUGGGCAUAUGCCACCCUGGAGCAAACAGCUGCACGUGAUGGAACCGACAACGGCGGCGGCAGCGACGCGGCCGCCGCCGCUGCCGUCGCAUUUCCUUCACCACCAACGCCGAGGGCGAUGGCGACGGCCGAUGCGUCGACCGCUGGGGCGGUGCUGUUCGCUGAGGCCGCUGAGGCCGUCCGAGUAGAUCCAGGCUGGAUCCAUUUGAUGGAUUGCCGUGAAGCACUGUGGGCCUUAUGGGCCCUGAAGGUCGCUGCUGUUAUGUACGGCGGCGCAGAGGGCACCCCUGUGGCAGCAGCGGCGGCGGCACCGGGGUUGGGUACUGCAACGGCGGCAGCGAUAGUCGCAAACAGGGAAGUGUCGUACACGCCUCAAACGCUGGUGGAAUUACAGUUGUUGGAACGAGCGGCAUCGCAGAAUACGUCGCCCUUUCGGCCUUGCACAUAUUCCAAACAUGUCCUCACAUGCCCUCUUGCCAACAUCGGCACCUUUGUAUUUUGGGGGAAAAUGUGUGAACAGCUUGACCAGCUAGAUCCGGGACAGCUGGCAGAGGCGUACGGCGUGGCGGCGGAGGCAGGUUUCGGAGCGGAUCCCGACAUGCUGGCGGCGCUGCGGCGCUGUACGCUGGCGCGCAUCGCCGCAAUACGGCCACAGCCGUUGACGGUUAUGGUAGCUUCCUUGGCGGUACUGCAGAUCAGGGAUGUCACGUGGCUUUCGGCCCUCGCAGCAGCUUGCCGCAACCAGAUGAUCAACAUGGAUGCGCAACAGAUCGUCGUCCUGCUACACAGCUUCGCAGUCGUGCUCCGGUUCUAUUACAUGCCGCUCUUCCACGCCGCCGUCGUCAUGUGCACGUUACCAGGGUUCGCGCGCCUGGAAGCCAUGUCCCCGGGCGACAUGGUGCGCUUGGCUGCAGCCUUCUCAGCAGUCGGCCACUACGAGACCGUGUUGCUACGGAAAAUGGCGGAGCGCAUGAUGACCCAUGGGUCAUUAGCCACAGCCUGGCAACGCGCCAGUGUACUGCUCUCCUGUGCGCACCUCUCCUACCGCAGCAACGGCCUCCUGCGCGCCGUGGCGGCGGAUGCCUUUGGGCUCUCGCUGGCGUCGACGCCGGUGGCGAUGCUGCCGCCCGCGCAGCUUGCUGCCGUGGCCGCUGCGUGCGGCCAUUUGCAGUUCCGGCCCCGGGGUCUGCUGUCCGCGCUGCACACGGUCCGGUCGGCGGAAUGGCCGCGGCUGAGCUUGUCGCAGCGCGCAGCGCUGUGCUGGGCGAUCCUGGUGCUGACGGGCGGCCUGGCGGAGCACCGUGUGCGGCAACCCCAACGGCACCGACACGCUGGUGCAGAAAUUCCCGCAGGAGUUGCCAUACAGGAAAACGAACAGCAACAGGAUCAAGGGACGCAGCACCAGCACCAGCAGCGGCAGCACUUGUCGCUCCUGUCUGAAGCUCUUCACGGGUACCUGCAGUCCUUGGCGACCUACGACCGGCGGACAUGGCCCUCCUCCGGCCACCAUGCCCAGCUGCUGGUCGCCUGCUCGGUGAUCUCAUGGCACCUGGAAGAGCAGCAGCCCCAACAGCCGCAGCAGCAGGCGACUGGGGAGCAACAACAGAAACAGCAAGGAAGACAUGAACAGCAGCAGCAGCGGAAGGGUGGUGGUCCUGGCUCUACCGGAGGGCCAGCAUCCGCUAGUCCUGGUGACGCGACAGGUGGCGGCGGUGAGGGCGUUACCCUCAAAUCCCCCGGGGGUACCGCGUCCAGUUGGGCGACCUUGGCGCCAAAGGUUCGAGAGGCCCUUCGUUGCCUUCCCGCCGCCGCCACACGCCGUACACUGAAAACACACAAUCGCCUCCGUCUGGUCGCGCUUGGGUCAUGGGCUGCGCAGGUGGCGGGUGUUGUACGGCAGGUGCUUGAUGGCGCCGCGGCGGCGGAUGCCGCCCCAGCCGCGACGCAGCCGUCGCGGCCAUGGCUAGGUAAUUCCGCUCGCUCUACCGCCGCGGCCGCUGCUACCAUGGCAGCGCCGCGGACGGUGCGCUUUGUCCGUGGCGGCGCUGUGACUACGGGUCUGCUGCUGUGUGGUGGCGCGCUGAGUGUGGAUUUGUGUGUAGAAGUAGAGCUGGAGACUGUUACGGACGGGACGGCGGCGGCGGCCGUGGAGGGGCUGUCCCCUGUGACGGAAGGUAGCGUGUCGGCUCCUCUGGCCGCGGAGGGUCCUGCGGCUGCCUUGGCUAAUGUUGACGGCGCUGAGGGGCAGCAAGCCGUGAGUGACGGCGGGGGUAGACAGCUCGGCAGCGUGUCCUCAGUACGGCAGCUGCGGCGGAGGAGCAUGCAGAAGGUUCGCAUCGCGCUGGAGCUAAGUGCGUUCCAGCCGCCAGGGGCGGCGGGUGUGACCAUCAACGCCGCCGCGGGGCCCUGCGAUGGCAGCGGCAGUGGUGUGGUGCGGAACUCCGCUUGGAUGCUAUCGGGUGGUGCGGCCCUGCGGCGGCGGCUGCUGGUGGGGCUGGGUUGGGUGGUGGUGGUGGUUCGGGAGCGGAUGUGGGACGGGCUUCGUUCUCCGGAGCAACAGCGGCGAGCAGUCGAGGCAAUGCUGCGGCGGGCGGUGCUGCAGGCGGUGGCAACGGGAGCAGAGGCCGCCGGCGCUGCAGCGCCGGCAAGAUUUGCGGCGGCUGUGGCGACGAAGGCAGAGGACGACGUGAAUAAAGCUGGACGUUGA